AUGUCCAGCUCCCCUCUCCGAGAUCAGCUGAAGCGCAUCGAGAAGGCGUAUUUUUACCAGCCGGGCAAGAUGACGGAGGUGCACUCGGUGAGUGGCACCGUGAGCCCGCACACGGAGAAGCGGGACCACUCACGUCCGUUCUGCCUAGUCUCCGGUAACGGGAAUCGUCCGCUGGCAGAGGCGGUGGCGCUCCUGAUGGGCACCCACACUCACCACACGUCUGUGACGCAGUACUCCAAUGGCGAGGUGAACGUGCGCAUCAACGAGAGUGUGCUCGGUGCUGAUGUCUACAUCAUUCAGAGCACAGUUGGAAACGAGAUCAUCGACGUUAAUACGGCGCUAAUGGAGCUUCUCCUGCUGAUCCGCAAGAUGCGCCUGAGCAAUGCAAAGAGCGUGACUGUCAUCGCUCCCUUUUUUGGGUACGCUCGGCAGGACCGAAAGACGAACCUGCGCGGCCCCAUCUCCGCCUCCGCGGUUGCACGCAUGAUCGUGAAGAUGGGGGCGGACCGUGUUGCCUCGUUAGACCUGCACUCGAAUCAGAUCCAAGGUUUCUUUGACAAUAUUCCCGUAGACAACCUACUCAUGGCACACGAGUUCGCACGGUACCUGCGUGACCAGCCGUGGUUCGACGUCGAUCAGAUGGUGGUCGUCUCGCCUGAUGCGGGCGGUGUGGAGCGGGCGAAGCAGCUGGCCGAUAUUCUUCAGGUGGGCCGCAUUGUCACCAUCGUGAAGCGGCGCAUUGCGGCUGGCAAGGUGGACACGAUGCAGAGCGUGGGUGAGGUGGCUGGCUUCACCUGCAUCAUUGUCGACGAUAUGGUCGACACCGGGGGCACACUGGUGAAGGCAUGCGAACUUCUGAAGGACCUCGGUGCGGUGCGCGUGACGGCGUGUUGCGUGCACGGCAUCCUCACAGACCCCUGCUCGGAGCGCAUCAACAACUGCAGCGCCCUCCAGGAGCUUGUGGUGUCCGACUCCAUCCCGCAGGAAGAGCAUCAAAAGGCGAUUCCCAAGUUGAAGGUGCUCACCAUCGCGCCUCUUAUUGCGGCCGUCAUCCACCAGUACAUGAACGAGGAAAGCGUCAGCUCCCUCUUCUCUCCAUCCCUGCGGGACAACUAA